GUCGGUGGAUGGAUAGCAGAUGCCAAGUGUCGGUCUCUAUCAGCGUUAUCAUUGCCGUCAGAUUAGAGUCUUAAGACAUCACGAGUCCAUCGUGCUGUUACGACGCACAUGCAACGUCUUCAAAGUAUUCCUAAAAAACAUCUUGUUUGUCGUGUGAGGAUUGAGACCGAGGUGGAAUUUCCGCGAAUUUGGUAUCUGGUAGUGUCAGAUGAGAUACGCUAGUCUUAAGUUACUAUUGCGAACGAGGAUACAGGGAUCGAGAUCGCGUACGUUUGAAACGUCGAAAAUCGUAACACAGCGAGAUAUCUAAUAGAAAACGAGACGAUGUUCAGUAACGCCGUGCAAGCGAAAUUGGCAUCGAUGGUACUGAUUGGUGCCGGCAGCUUCGUCGUCGGCAUUGUGCCCGCUUGUUUCAUUUCGCGUACUCACCAGCUCCAACAGAAACUGCUGCUUUCUUGUACCUUGUGCUUCGGCGCUGGUGUUCUCCUAGCCACCGCGAUGCUUCACGUGCUACCAGAAGUACGUCAAGGUCUAUCGGAUUAUUCCGAGCUGGUGUUCUCCUGUGGCUUCCUCGUGCUGUAUUUGGUCGAAGAAUGCGUGCAUUAUUUUUGUCGAGACAGAAAUCAUGAGCUCGAGACGGAUACUCGUCCUUCCAGAUUCAUGGACUCUGGGAUCGCGCAUGAGCGAGGUUGUUUGAAUUAUCGAAAUCAUAGUGUUGGUUACAAUGCCGCCUCGCAAGACAGUAAAGUGUACAUGUCCGAAGGCGACGUGAAAUUACCGCUCAAUUACCGGCAAAAUCCUCUUGGUGAUAGUGCCAAUAACGCGCGGACAUUUACUAGCUACGGCGCGACGCAAUCCAUCGCGUGUGACUGUCGUUCAAGACUACCAAACGAAGAAAAUAUAUUUUCAUGUCACGGAAACCGUGGCGAACAAUGUACCGAUGCCAAUACUGGUCUCGCCGGUCUCGCUCUCGCUCUCACUGUACAUGCCGUUCUGGAAGGACUUGCAAUAGGAUUGCAGACGAAAAUUGCUGAGGUGUUGUUAUUAACCGGAGCGGUAGCAUCACACAAGUUUGUCCUCGGCUUCUGUUUGGGGCUGGAAUUAGCGGGAGUUAGUAAAUCUGUUCCUAAAUUAAUAUUUGCGAUUUUUCUAUUCGCUUUUGGAUCCGUCAUUGGAAUCGGCAUCGGCAUGUUAACGUUUCAGGCGAAUACGGAUUGGUCCAAGGUGGUAUUGCCAAUUUUGCAAGGUCUGGCAGGUGGGACUUUGCUAUACGUCACCGUAAGUGAAGUUCUUCCGAGGGAAAGGACGCGAUGGCACAAAAGUUCACGCAGAUAUGCGGGCAUUUUACAAUUUCUGUCGGUAGUCGUUGGAUUUGUCGUCAUCUUUCUUCUUAAUAACUACAUAGGCGAGUGAAUUAACUCCAACAUUAAUUAAAUACUAGAUUGUUAUAGAUAAAUCGUAAGUAUUUCGAAAUUGAGUUACUUCUGGCAAUAUACUAUAAUUAAGCCGUGUAUAUUCUCAUAAAGCUGUGUGAUAUACAUCGAAUAUGUGUUGCACUGUAAUAUUAGAUUAUGUUGCCAAUCACACAAGUAACUGACAUUUUUUGAGCAUUUGAGAAUAUAGGAUUAAGAAUACAGAAGAAUAUCGAAUUUUUGUAACUGUGCAAUUCUUCUUGCGAUACUAAUAGUUUAA